GGCCAGGUGCUGGUAACCGGUGACUGCAAAAGCGAACAGGGCUAUUUUCGCUUGCACUUCAACGCCAACAACAUCAUUGAGAGUGUCACCUGCUACACUAGAGCAAACUUUGCGGUGCAGAACAUCAUUCAGUUAUUCGGUAAGCACGAGCGCGUGCUGAACAACGUCAUGGAGCGCUUCGAGCUGGGGUACAUCCUGGACUUCUACGACUACUUCGACGAGCCCUGGGCGUGCAUCAUCUUCCACGACCGCUUCAACUGGCUGGAAGUCUUCAUCCAGGAGUACCUGGCCAACUGGCCUUUGUUUGGUACAGCUUCAGUUAUGGAUGAGCUGGCGAAGAUCUGUUAUUCUACUAAAGAUAAGAAGGUGAUCGAGCAGCGCAUGGCGGCCGUGGAGCAGGUGUACGUGGGGUCGCCGGUGGAGCGGCUGGUGGCGACGGAGCUGCUGCGCUUCCUGCACCGCAACCGCCACCUGCUGCCCAUGUACGCGCACCCCAUGCGCGUGCGCGAGGUGCUGCGCGGCGCGCACCACUCGCCCUUCCACCGCACGCCGCGCUGG